GUUACAGAACUGACAACAUUACCUAUCCGACAGACGAACAGUGAGUAUCGUCCUCAAGACCAACAAAGCCCUCUUUCCCCGUCUUUAUUGUGUCCUCAUUUUUUUUGUCGUCGUCGGUCUUCGUUCCUUCUCUCGCGUUCUUGGUUGUUCCGCCUUUUCCCUGGCUACCCGAGGAAUCUGAAUCUGUGGCCAGGCAGGCAGGAUAGCUGCAUGAACCUCAUAACGGACGACAACACUACAGACACCGCAGCGAGGCACUUAACUUCAAGUAGAAUUGACUGCUUUUAAAUGGCAACUGAGACGGCAGCCAGCGACAGCAGCUCCUUCGUAGUAUAGUGUUGCUUGGUUUCAACAAAUCAAUACAACAUUAAGGAAGAGACUGGAUAGACAUUUUUCAAUACAAGCUCAGGGCCAGAACUGUGUUGCCGUAUAUAUUUUUUUAAAUCACCAACUUCUUUGGAGGAGGAGGAGAGGGGGGGGUGCUGAUAUGGAACACAGCCAGUAUGCAGCCAGCGUCAGGAAUGGACUCUCUCAAUGUCAGUCUCUAAGAAGAAGUAUUUGUGCGUAAACUUGGAUCAUUAAAACUUGUUUUGGAAAUCUGGAGUGGACUACGCCCCUGAUUCCACGAUACUAUUUUCUUGUUGCGCGUUCUGGCCAGAGACCGUAGAAACUAAACAGAAAUUGAUGCUGCAUUCUUGUCAAAUACAAACCGCCCGGAUAAAGAUUGUCACAUCGUCUAAGUGGAAACGUAAAGGAAUCGCAACUGCAUUCGAGACGAGGAAGAACAGACACCGAUGCAUUGUUCACACGCGUCUAAGCAUGAACGACCUUAACUGCUCAGUUAGCUGCUGCCUGUCAAGGUGAACGUGUCAGUGAACCUGUCAGUCGUCGUGUUGAAGUGCCAAUGUGGUUACGAGUGAUAAGGUUUUACAGUAGGAGAGGGUACGUUGGGAGGAGGGGUGUUGGGGAGGAGUGUCAGAGACCAUGUUACUGUUAUGUUCCCUAUUAUCAGACAGUCAUUAUAACUACUAUCAAGAUUAGUGAUAAUUAGUAGUCUGAAAUAUCAGCGCCACCGUGCGGGUGUGUCUACGGAGGACAGAAUAGAAUAGAAUUCAAAAUGUGCUUUGCAACAAAGAACUGUGGUGAAAUGCUGCUGAUGAACAAUAGUGAUGGGGGAGUUUUGUAUAACAUUAGUAGUGGUGGGGGCCAGGGGAAUGGGACAGACGGGACCGAGAUGACGAAGUUGUUGGUGCCCAUGCUGGACGGCCUCAUCCUGGUGACGGGCCUGGCGGGCCACUGCCUAGUCAUCUCCAUCCUGGCCGGCCGCAGGAGGCGAGGUGGAAAGCCUCCUCAUGGGACAGACACCCUGCUGCUGGCUCUGAGUGCUGCUGACCUGCUGCUGUUGCUCUGCCUACCCUUCCAUACUGCGGCCAUCGCCCUGGGCUCCUGGCCCUUUGGCAGCUUCCUCUGCAAGGUCGUCAGCUUCCUGGGCGUGGCCUGUUCUUCCGCCUCAGUCUUCACGCUGGCUGCGCUCGCCGUGACCCGCUACCUGACUGUGGUCCACCCCGCCUGGUCCUUCCGCUCCCGCAUGCACAGCCGCCUCAAACUGACCGUGGCGCUCCUCUGGGUUCCCGCCGUAGCCCUGGCAGCUCCGCAGUUUGCUUUCCGCACGGUGGCGGUGUCCAGCGCGUUACACUGCUUCGCCUUCCUGGGCGGCCUCAGUCAGCUGGUGUACAGCACGGCGUUGUUCCUGUUUGCCUUUGCGAUACCAUUGGGCGUUAUUGUGAUGAUGUACGCCAAGAUCUACUGCUUCCUGCGCCAGAUGAGACUGUUGGGAUGUGCCUCCCAGCUGGAGCGCUACCAGAGCCAGGUGACCCACACGUCAGCGCUGCUGGUGCUGGUCUUCACCCUCUGCUGGCUGCCCUCCUACGGCCUCAUGUUCUCCCUCCUAGGGGUCAGAAUCUCUGGUGUCUCCAGCUACCGCUCCAUAGCAAUCUUCAUCCGCCUACUGGCGUCUUCAGCAGUGGUGGUUAACCCCGUCCUCUACGUGUUCAUGUCCAAUAAGUUCAGGAGGGAUCUGAUGGACUUGGGCCGGGAGAGAUGGGAGGGGUGCAGGGGGUGUAUGGCAGGGUGUACGGGGGUGUUCAGGGGCAGGGACAUGGUGCAGCCCUUCAACCCUGUGGACCUGGAUACGCCACCCCUACCCCUACCCGGAUUCUAAGGGUUACUAUGAAAACUCAAUGGACAUUCUGUGGAUACUUAACGGAUAUUCUAUAGAGCUUUAAUGACCCUCUAUGGACCAGGUAUGUUCACUAUAAACUUUCUAUAGACCACUCUAUGGGCCUUCUAUAAACCACUCUAUGGGCCUUCUAUAAACCACUCUAUGGGCCUUCUAUAAACCACUCUAUGGGCCUUCUAUAAACCACUCUAUGGGCCUUCUAUAGACCUCUAUGGGCCUUCUAUAGACCACUAUGGGCCUUCUAUAGACCACUAUGGGCCUUCUAUAGACCACUAUGGGCCUUCUAUAGACCACUAUGGGCCUUCUAUAGACCACUCUAUGGGCCUUCUAUAGACCACUCUAUGGGCCUUCUAUAGACCACUCUAUAGACCACUCUAUAGACCACUCUAUAGACCACUCUAUAGACCACUCUAUAGACCACUCUAUAGACCACUCUAUAGACCACUCUAUAGACCACUCUAUAGACCACUCUAUAGACCACUCUAUGGGCCUUCUAUAGACCACUCUAUGGGCCUUCUAUAGACCACUCUAUGGGCCUUCUAUAGACCACUCUAUGGGCCUUCUAUAGACCACUCUAUAGACCACUCUAUAGACCACUCUAUAGACCACUCUAUAGACCACUCUAUAGACCACUCUAUAGACCACUCUAUAGACCACUCUAUGGGCCUCCUAUAGACCACUCUAUGGGCCUCCUAUAGACCACUCUAUGGGCCUUCUAUAGACCACUCUAUGGGCCUUCUAUAGACCACUCUAUAGACCACUCUAUAGACCACUCUAUAGACCACUCUAUAGACCACUCUAUAGACCACUCUAUAGACCACUCUAUAGACCACUCUAUAGACCACUCUAUAGACCACUCUAUGGGCCUUCUAUAGACCACUCUAUGGGCCUUCUAUAGACCACUCUAUGGGCCUUCUAUAGACCACUCUAUGGGCCUUCUAUAGACCACUCUAUGGGCCUUCUAUAGACCACUCUAUAGACCACUCUAUAGACCACUCUAUAGACCACUCUAUAGACCACUCUAUGGGCCUUCUAUAGACCACUCUAUGGGCCUUCUAUAGACCACUCUAUGGGCCUUCUAUAGACCACUCUAUGGGCCUUCUAUAGACCACUCUAUGGGCCUUCUAUAGACCACUCUAUGGGCCUUCUAUAGACCACUCUAUGGGCCUUCUAUAGACCACUCUAUGGGCCUUCUAUAGACCACUCUAUGGGCCUUCUAUAGACCACUCUAUGGGCCUUCUAUAGACCACUCUAUGGGCCUUCUAUAGACCACUUUAUGGGCCUUCUAUAGACCACUCUAUAGGCCUUCUAUAGACCACUCUAUGGGCCUUCUAUAGACCACUCUAUAGACCACUCUAUAGACCACUCUAUAGACCACUCUAUAGACCACUCUAUAGACCACUCUAUGGGCCUUCUAUAGACCACUCUAUAGACCACUCUAUAGACCACUCUAUAGACCACUCUAUGGGCCUUCUAUAGACCACUAUGGGCCUUCUAUAGACCACUAUGGGCCUUCUAUAGACCACUCUAUGGGCCUUCUAUAGACCACUCUAUGGGCCUUCUAUAGACCACUCUAUGGGCCUUCUAUAGACCACUCUAUGGGCCUUCUAUAGACCACUC